AGCUUUUAUCAUACAUUUCACGCAGCAAUCACAAGUACCUCUUUAACCUGCCGGUCGCCAGCCCACCUACCCGGCCACCCACUCGUGUCGUGCUACAGCUCCGAAGCGGGAAGCUUUAACGGUGCAACGACUUGAAGCUCGACUUUUUACGGGAAUCAACAGGGCUCGAUGGAAGGAAAUUUGGAAUAAAAAUAAUUCUUACGCAAUGAAGACAAAAAGAAGGCAACCUACCUCCGACUAUUAAAAUCCGCGCUUAACUGUUGUUGGUAUUUCUCACUCAUCCACCAGGACCCAACUGGCCACGUCGCGCAAUUUCACUUCUCGGCCUUUUUUUUACACUCACCUCCUCCCAAAGGUCAAGGUCACCUCGAUCUACGUCACAGCCUGUCAAUUCCAUCCACCCAAACAAACAAAAAAAUUCGACCCGGGAAAUAGAAUACAUUGAAAUACUCGAUGGGAUAUCACCGGAGCUGACUCUUACCUGGUUAACCCAACUGAAGCAAGCACUCACUAGCACGACUGCUUCCGAGCUCCUGUCAUAGCAGCCAUGGCGGACGGAGAGCCGGAUAUCAGCGACCUCUCGCCGGAGCAGCAAGAGGCGCUGCAGCAGUAUACCAUGAUUACAGACCAAUCCGUCCAGGAUGCUAUUCCACUGCUGCAGAGAUCGCAAUGGAACGCCCAAAUAGCAAUCGCGAAGUUUUUUGAUGGCGAGCAGCCCGACCCCGUAGCCGAGGCCCUCGCAGCACAGGAGCAAAACCAGCAAGCAGGAGGCCCCGGCCUCGGCGGCACCGCGCGAUUCGAGAACCUCCAAGAUAGUCUAGAUGGCAUCGAGAUGGAUAUUGUCAGGAGCAGAAGACAUAGAACUGAAGCGGCGCCCAGGGUGGUCCCCCAGCCUGCGAGGAUCUAUAGGGUACCUUUCCUCUGGUCCAUCAUCACGCUGCCUUUCAGUCUCACCUGGAGAAUCGCCACGACCCUAUUUCGGCCGAUCGUGUACCUUCUCGGCCUACUCCCGUGUAACAUGAGACCCAGAGCCAUUGGUGCUGCCGGCUACGGGAGACGACAGCUGAUGCCGCGUGAUGCCGCAGCGCGGUUCAAGCGCGAAUUUGAGGAGAACUACGGGUCUGGCGAACUGCCGUGGUACGACGGGGGCUCGGCGCAGGCCUACGACGCGGCAAAACGGGAGCUUAAGUUCUUGCUCAUCGUUCUGCUGUCGCCCGAGCAUGACGACACGGAUUCUUUUGUGCGGGACGUUCUCCUUUCGCCCGAAGUCGUAUCGUUUAUCAAGGACGAAAAGAACAACAUUAUACUGUGGGGAGGCAAUAUUGUCGACUCGGAGGCGUAUCAAGUAUCGUUUGAGUACCGAUGCACCCGAUUCCCUUUCGCCUGUCUGGUUUGCCUGACUCCCAAGGAGGGCAGCACCCGUAUGGGCACCAUCAAGCGUAUCCAGGGCGCCGUCACGCCGGAGCGCUUCCUCGGGGACAUCAGGUCCGCCAUACACAAACACAAUCCGGAUCUGGAUGGGGUGCGGGCGGAGCGCGUCGCCCAGGAGGCCGCGCGCAACCUACGUGCGGAUCAGGAUUCUGCGUACGAACGCUCUCUGGCCAAGGACAGAGAAAAGGCGCGCCUGCGGCGGGAAGCCGAGGCCGCCGCCGCAGCAGCCGAAAAGCGGGCGUUGGAGGAGGCUGAGGCGGCGGCGCGACUGGAGGAGAAGAGGCGGCAGUGGAAGGCGUGGCGGGCCACGACGCUCGCAGAGGAGCCCCCAGCAGCAGAAAAGGACGUCGUUCGGCUCGCGCUUAUGAUGCCAGAGUAUACGGGUGCGGGGCGGAUCGUGAGGAGGUUCGCCAGGGAGACUACCAUGGAGGAGCUCUACGCCUUUGUCGAGUGCUACGACGCCACCAGAGGGGACGCCGAGAAGCCCCCGCUGCAACCGGACGACUACGAACACGAGUACAAAUUCCGCAUAGUUUCGCCAAUGCCCAGGGAGGUCUACGAACCCAGCACAGCUGCGACUGUCGGGGAUAAGAUUGGCAGGUCAGGCAAUUUGAUUGUGGAGACGAUAGUCUCAGACUCUGAUGAUGAGGAAUAGAUCUUGUAUUAUGAGGGGCCAGAUGACAUGUCACCAGGCGUUGGUUUACUUUUUUAAAACACUGAACGAAUCUUGUCGCGGGCACAAGAUGGAAAGGGCGUACAGGAUAAACAAAUGUCGAGAUGAUGAUAUUCCCGGACUGGCAUAUGUAAUUUUAGAGGGAGAAAUCAAGACGGGAUGAGGUGUAAUUAUUGACGCAAGGCAUUCAAAUCACCAAAGUAGCGGGC